AUGCCACACGUAAUCGAUUCAAUCGAGCUGCCAAAGCUCCAAUUCGAGGACUUGCCUCGCGAAUUGAUCGAGGAGAUCCUCUCUUUAAUGCCCACUCGCUCUCUUGUGAUGAUUUCAGGAACAUCCAAACUUAUCCAUGACAUUGCUACAUAUAUCCUUAGCCGUCGAUUACGACAUACACUACAUAUCGAGGGCUAUAGAUUGAUUUUCGAAUGUUAUGCUGCAGAUGAUAAGUUUAACCAUCCCUUCAACCACUGCGAGUACAUUGGCACCCAUGUCGGCGCCGAAAACUCCGCUGAAGCAACAAAGAAGUUCCAAAAGGUGCCUUACUUCACCGAAGACGAUGAGGGAGAAGAAUGUAACCCCCUCGCCAACCUAUAUUCCAAUUUCACACCCAGGUCAUUCAAUAUUGACUCCCAACCACCCUCGACAACGGUUACAAUCGACUCUGGGGAUAUAUUCACCCAAAUCUGCGCCUCUGCGAGUUUGGUAAAACUUUCGAAUUCAGAGUAUGGAGGCGUGACAAGCAUCAUUCCCGUUUGCGAGAGUUUUUUUAGAGUUAAGAGGGAUUGGCUAGACUCUGCCGCUACUUACGAGGGUCUUCAGCAAAAUAACCCGAUAACUUGGGUCGGUAUGGGAGAGAACAUGGGAUUGAAACUCAAUGUUACAGGAAGAAGAAUUGUGGGGCCUGCGGUUAGUGGUGGUGUUAGAGGAAGAGAUCAAGAAGAUGAGGCGGUGGAGUAUGGAGUCGAAUAUGAUGGGGUGGUCAUUAGGGCGAGCUAUUUGCUGGAGAUGGUCGAGAAGAAGCAACAUACCUCUUUCUUUCAAAAUUUGAAGCUGGCAAGCGAGGAGGAAGGUGUCACUGGGGGUUUGCAGGAGACAACGACAGUUGCGGUGUUUUAG